GACUAAGGAAGUAAUGUCUUAUUAAAUAAGUCUUAGUUCAAUUAUGCCAUAAUGUUUUCGAAGAACGAAUUAGAGUUUCGAGCAUUGUUUUGGACACUAGCACUCAUACCUGUGGUGUCAGCGGGCAUAGCUUGCCUCAGCAACCCGUGUCUGCAUGGCAUUUGCAUUGAUGAUCUCAACAGCACGUAUAUGUGCUACUGUAUAGACGGGUACACUGGCGUCCACUGCCAGACUAACUGGGAUGAGUGCUGGUCGGGUCCCUGCCAGCACGGAGGCACCUGUCUCGACGGCAUCGCAUCCUACAACUGCACAUGUCCUGAAGGAUUCAUUGGUGAUAAUUGUGAGACGAAUUUCAACGAGUGUGAAUCGAAUCCGUGCCUGAACAAUGGCACAUGCAUCGAUAUGACGAACGAGUAUGUCUGCCACUGCGUGCCUGGCUUCUCCGGCGACCACUGCGAGGUGGACGCGGCGGUGUGCGACGGCGACGAGGUGCGUUGCCACAACGGCGGACAGUGUGUCGAAGGCCCUGGGUACAAGUUCUACUGUAAAUGCUCACCAGGCUGGGCGGGGAAGUUCUGUGAAGAUCAAAUAGACGAAUGUGAAUCCAAUCCUUGUCAAAAUGGAGGAAUGUGUAUUGAUAUCCACGCGGAUUACAUGUGUGCAUGCGCUUAUGGUUUCACAGGUAAAAGUUGCGAAGUUCAGAUAGAGUUCUGUGAUGAAAAUUCUUGCAGUAACGAUGCAUUGUGUGUUGUCGAAGAAGGCGCCAGAGUAUGUUAUUGUGUUCCUGACUAUCACGGUGAAAGGUGUGAACUGCAGUACGACGAAUGUCUACUGGGACCAAGAUGUAUGAACGGUGGCACUUGUAUAGAUGGAGUUGAUAAUUUUACCUGUUCUUGUCCACCGAAUCUUACUGGAACAUUAUGCGAAUGCUUGAUUAUAAGUGACGAUCAUAUUGAUUGUGAAUACGUUAGUCCUAUACCAUUAUACAACACUACCACAACGUUGCUUACUACAAUUGCUGAGAAAACGACAGAAAUUGUUUCAACAAUUCCAUCGAUAACUUACAACAAUACAUCGUCUUAUGAUUUGACAUCUCAAAGUGAACCUUGGACUACAUCAGCUAUGGUCGAUUUUUCAUCAACCACAGAAAUCACAUCGCAUACAGUAGGUGAAAAAACAAACAAACAAGAAACUACAACCAUAUCGUAUUCAAGUACAUCUGAAAUUGAAGAAACAACAACGCCUAGUACAACUGUUUUUUUUACAUUAGAACCACAAACACAAAAAACUAUCAGUUCUGAAGAUUCUAAAACGGAAAGUACGUGUAAAGAGACAUGCGAUAAAGCAACUGAACUAACUACUAUGACAACGUCAAGUGAAUUGGAAACGACGUUGUUAAACAAUCAAACAACAUCAGUACCGGUUACUCACCCUACAAAAGUAACAAUUGAAUCCCAAAAUCAAACAACUGAAGUAACUACCGCAAUUUCUUCCAAAUCAACUAUCGAAGAUGUAACAACUCCAACAACAGUUCCGGACCACAAACUAGAUACAACAGAAAAAAUGUUCACAGACAUCCCUACAGAAUAUUCAUUAACGGAUGCCUCUCCGACGUAUACAAGUGAAUCUGUUGAAACUACAACAUUAUUUGAUAAAACAACUCACGUCUACACAACUGUACAGUCGGAUUGCACCGACGCCGUCUGCAACAACCGCGGCAGCUGCGCCAACACUAUACACGGUAUUAGAUGUCAUUGCUUAUUCAACUAUGGAGGAAGAUUCUGUGAAGUGAAAUUAAGUAUAACAACUGCGGCUUUCGGAGGGAAUUCAUACAUAGUACAUCGUUUAAGCAACACCACAUCGAUCAGUAUUGAAUUUAGUGCAAAAACAUUAAUCACCGAUGGGCACGUAAUGCACGUAGAUAUAGCUAGAGGAGCAUAUAUGGAAUUAUUUUUAAAUUCAGGAUUAUUAAAGUUUAAAUUUUCUUGUGGGUACCAAACAAUGCUAUUAAGUGAACUGAAAACUUACGUCAACAAAGGGUAUCCAAUGAAAAUAGAAACAAGAUUAGAUUUAUAUUUAAAUCAGCAACAAUGUAAUGCAACUCUGCAUUUAAAUGAUACAGUCGCGAUGAGCGGCGGACAGAUAGCUAACAUAAGUACAGUCGAUCCUAAUAUCAUGCUGUAUUUCGGUAAUAUGCCUGACAGUAAUUAUACCGACAACAAACCUUUUAUUGGAUGCAUUAAAGAUUUGAAGAUAAAUAACAAGAGUCGGGAAAUAUUCGGCGAAGCAUUUAAUGCUGGCGAAGUAACAGAAUGUUCAUCUCUGUCCUGCUUGUCUGGGCCUUGUCUCAAUGGCGGGACUUGCAAUGACAGCGGUGAGGGCUACACCUGCUCGUGUACUAAUGGGUGGAUGGGCGAGAACUGCAAGCAGUCGAUCUGUGAACACAACCCAUGUGAAUCAGGCGGCAGCUGCGUCAGGUAUCCCGGGAGCGGUUUCCUCUGCCUCUGUCCCUAUGGAAAACACGGCAUCUUCUGUGAAUAUAAUGUUGAGAUAACUCGGCCGUCCCUGGCGCCGAUAGCGAGCGGCGUGUCGGCGUACCUGGUGUACCCGCUGUCGGCGGCGGCGCUGAGCUCCGAGCGCUUCGAGCUGCGGCUUCGCUUCCACACUGCGGACAUGGACCAGAUCGCGUUGCUCGCCUUCGUCGGCCAGAGCGGCCGCCACGGCCCGCGCUCGCACCACCUCGCACUCACCUUCGUCAAGGGCUAUCUCAUGCUCACCUGGAAUAUGGGCAGCGGUCCUCGUCGCGUGUUUACGUCGCGCGCGGUGGGCGUGCGGCGCGGCGGGCACGCGGUGCGCGUGUGGCGGCGCGGGCGCAGCGCCGGCCUCAGCGUGGACGGCCGCCACAACGUCUCCGGCAACGCGCCCGCCCCGCCGCAGCACGACAAGAUGACCCUGCUGCCCUAUUUGUACAUAGGUGGUCAUCCGUCAUUGAAUUUCGCGGAGUUGCCACACGACCUGCCGCUGCACGGCGGCUGGCGCGGCUGCGUGUGGGACGUGGGCGGGCAGGCGGCGGGCGGGCGCGCGGCGGCGGGCCGCGGCGUGGGCCAGUGCGGCGUGGCGCAGUGCACCGCCAGCUCCUGCAAUGCGCCGCGGGGACUCUGCAUACACUCACCUGCUACUUAUGGAUGCAUCUGUAACGAGGGUUGGUUCGGGCCGACGUGCGCUGGCCGGCAGCCGGCGUGCGGGCCGCGCUCGCGCUGCCGCGGCCGCUGCGUGCUGGGCGGCGACGGGCUGGCGCACUGCGACUGCCCCUACGGCAAGACCGGUGACAACUGCGAACAAGAUAUGAUUCCAAUAGAUGUAAUGCUAAGCGGUGUGAGAUCGUACCUGCGACUGGAGCCGCGGUCGCUGUCCAGCGUCAGUUUGUCUCUGGAAGCGGAGAUCAGGCCGGACAAAGAGCGUGGCCUGCUCAUACUUGUACAAACGCCUCACUUCUACACAACGCUGUCAUUGCAAGGUGGUUUACUGGAGUACCGGUGGACGGACCGGCUGUCCGGUGUGACGUCGCUGGUGCGCAGCGGCGCGGUGUGCGCGCUGCGGCGCUGGCAGCGCGUGCGCGCGGGCCGCUACGCCGCGCGCCUCUACGUGUGGCUGGACGGCGCGCUCGCCACAGAGCCCAUGCUGGCGCACGCCUACCCGCACACCGCCAGCGACGCUGACAUCUUUAUAGGUGGUGCGCAAGAUUUAUCAACGGUGCCGUUCGACGCGAUGUCCGGACCUCCGGAGUCGUAUUCGGGCUGCAUACGAAAUCUGCACGUUAACAAUGUUCUCCUGCCGCUCGACCAGCAAAACAUACGAGGUGGGUCUAUCAGGAACUCUCACAACGUUCAAUAAAAAUGUUUUAGUUACAUGUUUUCAUUUCAGUCGCCGGUUUCCCAAAUUUUUAUAUAAUCGGAAUGAUUGGUA